AAUGGUCAAUGACGGCAGGCUAAGUGUUGGGUAAUUAGCAGUACGCUACACUAGAGCUAGUCUAUCAAUCUAUGGGUGGUCAAAUGGAUUUUCUAGGCUGGUGGGUGGUCUAGGUUGGAGGCCCAAUAUAUUAUUUGAUAAGGCCCACAAUCUCUAGUGGUGCCCCUGGCUCUACAUGGGCAAUAAAAGCAUCUCUUGUGGAGUUUAUAGUCUCCAGCUUUCCCUCUUUAGACCAGGGAGACGUUAAUCUAGGACAGAUGCUUCUGAUGUCCUCAGUUAGUUCAAAGUAAAUUUCUCCUUGAUGUUUGUUCUGUUCCAGAGGGCUGAGGAGAACGCACACGCUUUUCUAGACAAGGAGCUGAAGAAGCUCUGGAGGGAUCUCUUCCCAGAUUACCCACAAUGCUCAGAGAGUCAGAGGGAGGACGAGGAGGAGGAUGGUAAGAACGAGAAGCAGAGGAGGCGCGCCAUAGAGGGAGUGGUAGACAUCACAAAGCUCUGCCUGAUGGAGAUGAACCAGGAGGAACUGGCCGACAAGCUGGGGAGUGAUUUAGGAGCUGUUGGGGUCCAGUGGCAACAUGAACUCAAGGCUCAUCUGAAGAAGAAGUUCUACUGUGUGUUUGAGGGAAUCGCUAGAGCAGGAGAGCAGAGACCUCUGAAUGAGAUCUACACAGAGCUCUUCAUCACAGAGAGAGGCAGUGGAGAGGUCAACAAGGAACACGAGGUCAGUCUGAUUGAAAAGGCAUCCAGGAAAACAGCCAAUGAGGAAACACCAAUCAGAUGUGAAGACAUCUUUAAACCUGGACAAGAUAAAUCAAUCAGAACAAUGAUGACAACCGGAGUGGCCGGCAUUGGUAAAACUCUCUUAACCCACAAGUUCACUCUGGACUGGGCAGAAGGCAAAGCCAACCAAGACAUAGACUUCGCAUUUCUCCUCACUUUCAGAGAGCUGAAUUUACUGAAAGGGAAAGAGUUUAGCUUACUGGAACUUCUUCAUCGGUUUUCUGUUGAAACCAAAGAAUCAGGAAUCUACAGAUACGACCAUGACCAAGUAGUCUUCAUCUUGGAUGGUCUGGAUGAGUGUCGACUUCCUCUGGACUUCCAGAACAACCCGAUCUGGACUGAUGUCACCGAGCCAACCUCAGUGGAUGUGCUGCUGACAAACAUCAUCAGGGGAGUCCUGCUUCCCUCUGCCCGCAUCUGGAUAACCACACGCCCUGCCGCAGCCAAUCAGAUCCCUGCUGAGUGUGUUGACAUGGUGACCGAGGUGAGAGGGUUCACAGACCCACAGAAGGAGGAGUACUUCAGGAAGAGAUUCAGAGAGGGGACAAUGGCCACCACAAUCAUCUCUCACGUCAAGAAAUCUCGAAGCCUCCACAUCAUGUGUCACAUCCCAGUCUUCUGUUGGAUCACUGCUACAGUUCUAGUGGACUUCUUCAAAACAUCCCAGAGAGGAGAAGAGGUGCCCAAGACCGUGACUCAGAUGUACAGCCACUUCCUGAGGGUUCAGUCCAUACAGGGGGACAGGAAGUAUCGUGAGAGAGCUGAAACGGAUCCACACUGGAGUUCGGAGAGCAGGGAGAUCAUUGUUUCUCUGGGGAAACUGGCUUUUAACCAGCUGGAGAAAGGCCAGCUGAUCUUCUACGAGGCAGACUUGGCAGAGUGUGACAUCGAUAUCAGAGCAGCCUCAGUGUACUCAGGAGUGUUCACCCAGAUCUUUAAAGAGGAGUGUGGACUGUACCAGGACAGGAUGUUCUGCUUCAUCCAUCUGAGCAUCCAGGAGUUUCUGGCUGCCCUUUAUGUCUUUCUGUCCUACAUCAACACUGGUGUCAACCUGCUCUCAGAAGAACAGCCAACCUCCAGGGAUGCUGAACUCCUCCUCUACCAGAGUGCGGUGGACAAGGCCUUACAGAGUGAGAACGGACACCUGGACUUGUUCCUCCGCUUCUUCCUGGGCCUCUCUCUAGAGACCAAUCAGAUGAUCCUACAAGGUCUGCUGGGACCAAGAGGAAGUAAAUUACUGGACAAUCUAACAAAAAACGUUCCAUCGGGGCAGACAGGAAGGAGGUCACAAAUCAAUACCCAAAUAGUCCAUUACAUCAAGGAGAAGAUAGGUGGAGAUCUCUCUCAAGAGAGAAGCAUCAAUCUGUUCCACUGUCUGAAUGAACUGAAUGACAGUUCUCUAGUGGAGGAGAUCCAACAGUACCUGUCAUCAGGAAGUCUCUCCACUGAAUCUCUCUCCUCUGCUCAGUGGUCAGCUCUGGUCUUCAUCGUACUGACAUCAGAAGAGCAGCUGGACGUGUUUUACCUGAAGAAAUACUCUGCUUCUGACGAGGGUCUCCUGGGGCUGCUGCCAUUGGUCAAAGCCUCCAAAACAUCUCUGCUGAACAGCUGUAAGCUGUCAAAGAGAUGCUGUAAAGCUCUGGCCUCAGUUCUCAGCUCCAACUCCCCUAGUCUGAGAGAGCUCGACCUGAGUUCCAAUGAACUGGAGGAUUCAGGAGUGAAGCUGCUCUCUGCUGGACUGGGGAGUCCACACUGUGCACUGGAAACUCUCAGGCUGAAUUCCUGUGAUCUGUCAGAGGGAUGCUGUGAAGCUCUGGCCUCAGCUCUCAGCUCCAACUCCUCUAGUCUGAGAGAGCUGGACCUGAGUUCCAAUCGUCUGAAGGAUUCAGGAGUGAAGCUGCUCUCUGCUGGACUGGGGAGUCCACACUGUACACUGGAAACUCUCAGGCUGAAUGUCUGUCAUCUGUCAGAGAGAUGCUGUGAAGCUCUGGCCUCAGUUCUCAGCUCCAACUCCUCUAGUCUGAGAGAGCUGGACCUGAGUACCAAUGAUCUGCAGGAUUCAGGAGUGAAGCUGCUCUCUGCUGGACUGGGGAGUCCACACUGUACACUGGAAACUCUCAGGUUGUCUGGCUGCCUGGUCAAACAGGAAGGCUGUGCUUCUCUGGCCUCCGCUCUGAGCUCCAACCCUUCCCAUCUGAGAGAGUUUGACCUGAGCUACAAUCACCCAGGAGACUCAGGAGCUGCGCUGCUCUCUGCUGGACUGGAGGAUCCACGCUGGAGACUGGACACUCUCAGUGUGGAGCACAGUGGAGUGUGGAGGCUGAAACCAGCUCUAGAAAAGUAUGCCUGUGAACUCACACUGGACCCCAACACGGCCCACAGACGACUCUCUCUGUCUGAGGACAGCAGGAAGGUGACGCGGGUUGAAGAGGACCACUCGUAUCCGGAUCACCCAGAGAGGUUUGAGACCUGGCACCAGGUGUUGUGUAGAGAGGGUCUGCCUGGCCGCUGCUACUGGGAGGUAGAGUGGGGAGGACGGGUUCAUAUAGGAGUGGCAUACAGAGGAAUGACAAGGAGUGGAGGGGCUAAUGACAGCAUGCUUGGAUUGAACAACAAGUCCUGGAGUCUUGUUUGUGAUGACGACGAUGAUGCUGCUGUCUACAUUGUCCGUCACAACGGUAGUUCAACAGAUAUACGUCCCCCCCCUCGCUCUAACAGAGUAGGAGUGUAUCUGGACCGGCCUGCUGGCUCUCUGUCCUUCUACAGAGUGUCCCCAGGAGGAGGAGGGUCCUCAGACACACUGACACUCCUCCACACCUUCCAGGCCUCCUUCACCCAGGAGGUCCUCCUCCCUGGGUUUAUGUUACGUAAGAGUGGUUCCUCAGUGUCUCUGUGAGUGUCCAUUGUAGAUACACAAACACACACACAGACCCAUGGAAAAGCACACACAUGUAGACAGUCAUAAACACACCCAAACCAACAAACAUAUGUACAUAGAAAUUAACACACACACACGUACACACAAACAAACACAUCGUUCAUGACUCUAUAAACACACACACAUACACACAAACAAACAUAUCGCACUCUAUAAACACACACACACAAACGUAUACAGACUUAAUCUCACACACACACGCACGCACGCACGCACGCACGCACGCACACACGCACGCACGCACGCACGCACGCACGCACGCACGCGCACGUACACGUACACAGACUUAUUUACACAGACAUGCACUCACACACACACACAUUCAUGGAUCUAAACCCACAGCAGGUCUGUGUUCCGGGGGUAAGCAGCAGGUAACAUCAGUGUCUCUCGUGGUUCAUCUCUCAGCCCUCUCUGUGUUCAGCUGGGCUGCUGAGCGUCAGAUUAGAGGGGGCCGCUUGGGUCUGGGGGGUCCUCACAGUCCUGACGUCGUUGAGGACCAGCUGUUAGGGGGACGUUUGAAUACCUGUGGACCCAUGGACGUACCUGUAGUGCAUCGGGUUGUUGAGCAGCAGCUGUUGGUGCUCUGAGGGGUCAUCCCGUUCAGUGGAAGUACAACACUUUGUGAUUGAUUUAAAUGCUCCACUGAACUCCAAAUGCUGCAUUUUAUUGGGCUUCUGAAAGGUUCAGUAUAAACCAUGAAAGAAAAAUCUUCCUUUGGGUUAAGCAGGUUGAACAAAGAUUUACUUUCUGAUGUAAAAUGUGUUUUAAUUGUUGAUUGAUGGUACGCUAUUUUACUACAAUAUUUUAUAUAUUUUCAACAUUGUUUUAAAGGAAUACAAAAUCAGUUUAUAUUUUGCCAUGCCUGACAUGGAACGUGAUUUAAAGCAGAUUUAACAACAUGAUCAUGAAUGAUGAUAAGGGUUCUAUGGGAAAGGGUAACGAUGUUGUAAAUUACUUUAAACGGAAGAUAGUUUCUUUGUGUUCUGUUGGGAACAACAAGUCAACAUGUUCAAUGAUUAAAGAUACCUGUUUAGGAUUUGUAAUUGUUCAUAAAGCAUAAUGUUAAUAAACAACUCAGUCGAUCAACUGAA